CUCUUAAAAAGCCACCGUCUAAGCAAUUUUGGACAUAACUUUCUUCGAGCUCAGUCGAUGUCAGCGAAACAGUUCUAGAAUUUGAAGAGAGAAAUUAAUCUACAAAGGAAAAUUUAUUGAGAGAGGAAAUAUGGCUCCUAGAAGUUCAACACAAACAGAAACACUCGUAGUCGAGCCCGAUUCAAAGAUUUGCGAUGACAACAACCGGAAACGAACCGAACGGGAAAUUGUACGGUUCAAUGUUUACUUCAUGAUAGUGCUGCACCUGAUGGCAGUAUACGGCAUUUAUCUUUUACCUAGCGCAAACCCGCGGACGUGGCUUUGGACGUGGUUAUGUCACUUCAUUGGAGGACUUGGUAUUACAGUUGGUGUUCACAGACUUUGGUCUCAUCGUUCGUUCAAAGCAACUUGGCCCCUGAGACUUGCUCUGAUGAUGAUGAACUGCAUCGCUGCACAAAAUGAUAUUUUUGAAUGGGCGAGGGACCAUCGUGUUCACCAUAAGUACUCCGAAACCGAUGCCGACCCUCACAAUGCCAAAAAUGGUUUCUUCUUCUCGCACGUCGGAUGGCUGUUGGUUAAAAAGCACCCUGAUGUCAUUUCGAAGGGAAAACAGAUCGACCUGAGUGAUUUGUACGACGAUGGAAUUGUCAUGUUCCAACGAAGAAACUACAAGUUACUCGUGGUAAUUUUCAACAUUGCAAUACCAAUUGCUGUACCAUGGUUGUUCUGGAAUGAAAGUGUCUGGAAUGGCUUCUUUAUUUGUUAUGCACUCCGUUAUGUCGUCACUCUUAAUGCCACAUGGUGUGUUAACAGCCUUGCUCAUCUCUGGGGAUCAAAACCAUAUGACAAGGGCAUUAAUCCUUCUGAGAAUUUCUCUGUUGUCUUGGCAACUGGAGGAGAAGGGUUUCAUAACUUCCACCACACAUUCCCACAGGACUAUGCUACAAGUGAGUUAGGUUUGCGAUUUAAUCCCUCCAAGUGGUUCAUUGACCUUUGUGCAAACCUUGGACUGGCAUAUGACUUGAAAACUAUCUCAAAAGACACCAUCUUAAAGCGAAGAAUGCGCACUGGAAAUUUACAGCAUCUUAAACAUCAUGAUGACUAAAUGGUCUGAUUUACAUUACCAUAAACAAGCUUCAUGACUUUUUUGCUAAGUGCUUUCUCUCCUCUGGAAGAAUUAAGCUUCUAGCUUCAAACAUCAAAGGCAUUUUUAAUGCUGUGUGAUGCAUUAUGCCAUCAAAUUCUUUAUUUUAAUAAGUUCAGACCAGUGCUUAGUUUUCUAAAAUAUAUUUGUUUCACUAAGCUAAGCGUGGAAAUUUCCAUUUAACUGCCACUUAAAAUUGAGACAAAUAACAGUUUGCUUUGAUUGAAAAGCAAAAGUUAAGUUCAAGUUAAAAGUUAAGUUUCUAGAAUUUAAUAAGGAUUCAAGAGUUUUUUCCAGUAUGUCUUGUGAGGUGAAAACUUAGAGAUGAUUAAUUAUUAUAGCUAUAUGUUAAUAUUUCUUGAACUGAUCAUUUAAAAAGCAUAAGAGCUGUCUUAAAUAUAUCAAACAAAGUUGCUUGAAAGCAAAUGAUUCACAACACAAUUACUUCUUAAAAAAAAGCUUCUCCCUAAAGACAAAAAUUAAUUAAAUUCUAGUUAUAUAUUACAUAGUGCAUAAAUGAAGCACUGUUAAUUUAAUAUAAUGUCAGAAAGUACUCACUGGCACUUAAUCGUAGAUGUCACUUUGACCCACUAUCUCCCCUCCCCUCAUAACAAUACACACCUAAAUUUGGGGAAAGGUGCUUUACCAAGUCAAUUAAGACCCCCCUCCCCUAGGUAGAAUUUAUAAGGUAAUACCUAUAAUAAGUAUGCUUUAUUUAAAGAUUUUUGGGCCAAGGUGCAUGGUUUGGGCAAAUUAAAACAACAUUUUUACCAAAGUAUUUGUGUUUUUCACAUUUUCAAUACAU